GAAUAUAGAUUCAAUCAGUUCUCAUGCAUUUCAAAAAAAUGCAGAGUGAUAUGUUCAGUUUAUUGCUGAUUCAAGAAUCCGUUAUGCAGCAUCUUCCCCCUCCCCUUCAAGUUUUUGCAGUGUAUUUGAUCAUUGUUCCUGGUUCUCUCUGGUAAAACUGCAGAUUCCCAGAGUGUAAUGGCCUCUGACAGGGACUUCUUCAGCUUUUUAGGACCUUUACACCUCUCAACUGUUGAUUGGAACAAUGAACAUCACCGUAGAUCUGUUGCUGCAAGCUUGGUACAGGGUGUAUAUGUUUUAGAGCGAGAUCGCCAGCAGAAUCGUAAAGGACUUGAAUCUCUUGCUUCACCCUGGUGGGAAUUCUUCCAUUUUCAGUUGGUUCUUCAGCUCAGGGAUGAUGUCGAUUCCUCCAUCUUUGGUUCCAUUUAUGAAUUCAAACCUCCAGCUUGUAAUUGUCACCAUUCAAUCCAGGAGGCCCCAAGAUAUGUCAUUGCCUUCCGAGGCACAGUAAUUAACCCAAACUCCUUCACACAAGAGGACCUCAGAUUGGGUUUCCUUUUCACCAUUAAUGGACUCCAUGAAACCUCACGCUUUAAGGUUUCAAUGCAAGCUGUGAAGAACAAGGUUGAUGCAGCUGGAGCUUUAAAUAUCUGGUUAGCUGGUCAUUCUUUGGGCUCUGCCAUGGCAAUGCUUGCUGGCAAGAACAUGGCCAAGACAGGUGUUUUACUCCAAACGUUCCUCUUUAAUCCACCAUUCUCAUCUGCUCCAAUUGAGAAAAUCGAAGAUAAGAAACUUACACAAGUGAUACGAAUCACAAAAAGUUUUAUCACAGCCGGACUUGCUGUUGCUGUAAAGGGUCACCAAUCAGAGGAUCCCUUUGUUGUCUUGUCACCAUGGAUCCCCUGUUUGUUUGUGAAUCCAGCAGAUGACAUAAGCUCAGAGUAUAUUGGUUAUUUUGAGCACAGGGAGAAGAUGGAGAAGAUUGGAGCCAGGGAGAUUGAAGAACUGGCUACCCGGAAUUCCAUAAGGAAUCUUUUGUUGAGGAAGACUGAAACAGAACCUUUGCACCUCCUUCCAUCUGCAAAUCUUACCAUAAACUUAAGCCCAUCGCCAGAUUUUACAAGAGCUCAUGGGAUUCGCCAGUGGUGGAGACCAGACCUGCAUAUGCACUGUAAGCUAUACCAAUACAGAUGGAAGUGGAGGUGAAGUCCCUAUGUGCUUCUGGUUAUGUAUACUCUGAUAAGAACCUAAUUAACUGAA